AUGGUAUGGGAGAAGUUGUCAUUCAUACGAUGGGUCUCAAAGGAAGAAGAAUUGUCAUCUUCUGCUAGCCAAUACAAGCUUAGUGAGGCUUCUAUUGAAGAUGAAGAUGUAUCUUCUAAGGAUCCAUAUGAUAAUGGUGAUAAAAUAGAAGAGGAUUGCCGAGAAGGACAAGUCUAUUCUGAAGUAGUCUUUAGUUUGCACGAGCAUGGUACCAUUGUAUUGAGUGGUGAUGAGCAGCAUAGUGAGAAGGGUAGGAAGAAGAAAAAAGAGAAGGUUGCUUGUGAAACACUUCCUGGUUCGCACAAGCAUGGUGAUCUUCAAUUGGGAGGUGAAAAUUUGGAUAAGGAUGGAAAAAGGAAGGAAAAAACUGAAGGUGACAAGAAACAUGAGGAAAAGAGGAAGAAUAAAAAGGAGAAGGAUGCAUCUAAGGUGCCUGGCUCACAUGAAGAUGGCACUGUUCAAUUGGGAGGUCAUAAGCAACACAAGGAGGAAGAAAGGAAGAAGAAAAAGGAGAACGCUACAUAUGAAACACCUUGCUUGCAUGGGGAUGGGGAUGUUGAAUCGAGAGGUCAUAAGAAGAACAAGGAGAAAGAAAGGAAGAAUAAAAAGGAGAAGGCUUCAUUUGAAGAAGUACAUUUCUCACAUGAGGAUGUCAUUGAUCAGUCAGGAGGUGAUAAGAAGCACAAGGUGGAAGAAAGGUACAAUAAAAAGGGAAAGGCUAAAACUGAAGUACCUUCCUCGCAUGAGGAUGGUGUUGUUCAAGUGGAAGGUGAAAAGCAACAUAAGGCAAACAAAAGGAAGAAGAAAAAGUACAAGGUGCACGAUGAGUAG